ACCUAUUUUCGCUAGAAUUUGCAUAAUCGUUGUAUGCUCCUUACAUGUUCCUUUGCUUCUCCAUGCGUUUCCGUAGCUGAAUUGCCAUCGACUUUGGUUAUUUUGUUUCUAUUAUCUUAGUGGAAAGCUUAAGUUUUUUUUUUUUUUUUAAUCUUCUUAUUAGAUUGCAUUCAGCUUUCCAAGGGCCGUUUGGAGCAUGCUGCUAUGGUUGCCAUUGGUUUGAAAGCAUUGCCAUUGAGGAAACAUAAAUCUACUCAUUUAUCACAGGAAAGCUUCUUGACUGGUGAAGAGAAAUCUUCUCAUAUCCAGGCUAUGAAAGUAAGGAAAAUGGGCAGGAAAGGAAGUAAGAAAGAUGCCCACUUUCAUGGAGGUGUUUCAACCGAAACUCAAUCAGCUGGAGUGCCUGGCACGGCUAAAAUAUCUCGAAAAUCAGUAAAAGAAAAUACAGCUUCAGCAUCUCAGGCAUCGUUUAUCAGGAAGCAGGUUGACCCAGACACUGCCAAGUACUUUACAGAGAUCUCAAAUGUACUUGAAGGAAGUGAAGUGGAUCUGGAGGAGCGAUCUGUCAUAUGUGGUAAUGCGUUGGAAGAAGCGAGAGGGAAAGAAGUAGAGCUUGCAACUGAUUAUAUCAUCAGCCAUACUAUGCAAACACUCCUUGAAGGAUGUUCUUUAGAUAAUCUUUGUGCUUUUCUGCGUAGCUGUGGAAACAAUUUGGCCUACAUAUGUAUGGACAGGUCUGGUUCUCAUGUAGUUGAAACUGCCCUGAAGUCUCUAGCAAGGCAUCUUGAGGACGAUGACAACCACUCUCUCAUUGAAGAGACGCUAUCCACAUUAAUUCAGGCAAUUUUGGUCAAUCCUAUUGAUAUGAUAUGCAAUUGUUAUGGAUCACAUGUCAUCAGGGGACUUCUUUGUCUUUGUAAAGGAGUCCCAAUAGACUCACCGGAGUUUCAUAGCUUGCAAUCAUCAACUGUGCUGGCAGAACGCUUGAAUUUUCAGUCAUCUCAAUUAGAUGGUAAUAAAUCUCAACAGACACAACCCUUCCCAAAUCAAUUAAAAUAUCUGAUAUCCGAGAUGGUAAACCCUUCGAGAGUAGACAUAGGUGUUCUUCAAGUAAAUCAGUUCAGCAGUUUGGUUCUACAGACUGCAUUGAAGUUACUUGCUGGAAGUGAGCAAGAUUUAUUCCAUACAAUACCUAUUCUCCUCAGCUGUGAUGUGGACAAUGGUGUAGAAGGGAACCUUAUCGAAGCAAAAAAAGCUAAAAAGAUUCUACGCUUGGUGGAAGAAAAUGCUUACAGUCAUCUAAUGGAGGUCAUCGUGGCAGUGGCUCCUGAUUCCCUAUAUAGUGAAAUCUUCACUAAAGUUUUCAAGAGUUCUUUAUUUAGGUUGUCAGCACAUCCCUGUGGGAACUUUGCUCUGCAAGCAUUGAUUUCUCAUGCAAGAAAUAAAGAGCAUAUAACGAUGAUGCUAGAGGAACUUGAUUCUAAAUUUAAGGAUAUGCUGGAAAUGGGUAGGUCUGGGGUUGUUGCAGCUCUUGUAGCAGCAAGCCAAAGGCUCCAGAUCAAUGAGAGCAAGUGCUGUCAAGCCCUUGCUGAUGCAGUUUGUUCGACCAACGAGCCCUCUGCAUGCAUUGUUCCUCGUAUAUUAUUUCUUGACAAUUACUUAUACUGCAGUGAUAAAGCCAACUGGAAAUGGCCAAGUGGUGUCAAAAUGCAUGUUCUUGGUUCUCUGCUUCUACAGACGGUUUUCAGAUUUCCCAGUGAGUUUAUCCAAUCUUAUAUAACAAGCAUCACAUCAUUAGAGGAUAAUCAGGUUCUUGAAGCAUCAAAAGACCCUGCUGGUGCACGUGUUAUUGAGGCUUUUGUGACGUCAAAUGCUUCAACUAAGCGAAAGCGCAAGCUAAUUAUCAAGCUGCAAGGACAUUUUGGAGAGCUAUCUGUGCUUCCUUCUGGUUCUUUUACUGUUGAGAAGUGCUUUAACGCCAGCAAUAUGUCCAUGAGAGAGACAAUUGUAUCAGAACUAUUACCAUUCCAGACAGAGCUAUCCAAGACCAAGCAGGGUCCUUACCUUCUAAAGAAACUUGAUGCCGAGGGAUUUGCGAAACGGCCAGAUCAAUGGAGAUCAAGACAAACCACAAGAGAGUCUGCUUACAAAGAAUUCUAUGAAGCCUUUGGACCUAGGGAUACUCAGUCUUCUCGAAGUGGAAAUUUUCUUUCUAGCACUCAUUCCAAAUCACAGGCAGAAGGGCUAAAGGGCAUGAGGAAGGAGAUUUACGAUGGAUUUUCUUCUAGCUUUUCUCACAAAUCUGGUGCUCCAUUUCUGGCUCACCAAGGUUCUGCUAAACGCAAAAAAGCAGAAAAUAAGCAGGUGCCAGGAGGCAGUGGCCUUCCCAAAGAUGAUGAUACUUUCAUAAAAGGCAAAAGUAAAAAACAAAAAGUAAAGACGUCUGGCGGCAUUGCAGAGAAUUCUCAUGGUACUGAAGAUCUUCAUGGUGAGGGAUUAUCUAUUAAGAACAAGAGGAAACGCAGAAGAGAUGGCUAAUCAAAUCUUUCGACCAGAAGUUGAAAGCUAGGAACUGUGGUUGAGGCUGCACAUUUCAACUGACAUGAGUAGUCAGCAAACCUCUUUUUUCCUUUUUAUUUUCAUUUAUUUAUUUAUUUAUUUUUUGUGUUGUUUUUGUUGUUAGUUUAGCUCGUAAAUUAGAGAGGGAGGAAUUUCCUUUGCAAACAUAACCAAAAACUGUUGUAUUCCCCUGCCUGAGCUAGGAGUUGCAUUGAACAACAAAAUGUUAAUAUUGCAAUAUAGGAUACAUUCGAAGAUGGAAAAGGGCGACACUGUACUUUGUAAAAGACACAGUUCUCAUACAAAGGCUCUUCUGCCAACAAUGUUAUCCACUUUGGUUCUAUGGGGGCUUGGACCUGGUAAGACAACAUGAUAUCUGAGUGAAACAUCUGAUGGAGGAAAAUGGCACGAACUUUUGGAAACUAGAAGUUUACUUGUUCUGCGUAGGAUUUGAUCUGCUUGGAGGUAUUCUUCGGAAGCUUGAGUUCACUUUCUUGUAUGGAUUUCUCUCUUUUAUAUGCAAACCGUGGAGCGUCUGUGUAGAUGAUGAUGCUGUGAUCGUUGUAGCUUGUUUCUUCGCCUGAAGGAACCGUGCUGCUUGUGCUCCCUGUAUGUGAAAAUGCAAAAGGAUGGCAAGCGUGAGAAAGAAAGAGGAGAUGAGGGUAAGGUGAGGGAACUUCAUGAUUGAAGGGGGAGGUGUAUUAUUAGGGAAUGAUGAGGCAGACAGGCACCAGGCGGGCAUAUAUGUUUGUGAUUUGGGAGAUUGUUGGUUUGGUAAAACAGCACAGGCAGGCUUAUUAUGAUGAGAUUUAAAGAUGAUUUGUGUUGAGUUGAGAUUUAUGCAUACAUACAUACAUAUAUACAUGUAGGCUUGGAAGAUCUUGUUGGAAUCCUAUGCAAGUUGGAUCACGUGAUGGUGAUGCUUCUUUGACCGGACCGGCAAACUUCCAGGUUCAAAAUUUCAGCUGCAUGCAGUGGAGGCACGUGAUCGUCAUCAUUAUUAUAUCUGCAAAGUUUUGAUUUAGGGGAAGAAAACUUUGGUGUUUAAAUUAAAAGUAAUCAAGCAAUCACAAGCUAUGGAUCUAUUUGGGUUGGCAAAGCCCUGUCGUAUUGUUACUGCUUUGUAUUUUAUCUAUUAAUGUCAGACACGCACAAGCUUGAGUUUUAGCUUGAAGAACAAGAAUAUCAUCCCCUUUGUGACGUGUGACUGACAGUCAUCAUAUGGACGGACCUGCCAUUUUUGUUACCAAUCUUUGAGUCAGGCUAACUGUACUGAACCCAUUUUUACUGCCAUGGAUUUGGGUUCUCUUUACCCAACAUUUUUACACUAAUGUUAAUUAAUUGCAGUUGCAGUGGAUCUACACCAUUGCUAA